CAUAUCAGCUAGUAUAAGUCAUGCAUUCUUUGAUCAUCGCCCAUAACGAGCGAGUCAGAGUCGAACGCGAGAGCAUCUAAAUCGGCAUGAAAGCCAAAACCGGGAAAAAAGUUGACGAUUUAGUCACCCUUUUUUCUGAACUUCGAGAGAAGUCGAUAAAAGCCGGCGAGAAGGUCGAAAACAUCCGAUGGGAGUUCUUGCGGGAAGUCUACAACGUGCCUGGAGGAAACAAAUUAACCAGUUCUAGUUCAAUCAGUUUGAACAAGGUUAUUUGGUUUAUUCUUUUGCCUGCCGUCGUUGUAUUCUUGGGUUUGUCUGUCGUCGACUUAGACAGCACUUCACCAUGUCUCGUUGAUACUGAAAUGGUGUUUUGGAAUGAGAUUACGCGGAAACCCAGUGAAUGUUCAAAGAUGUGCGUAGACGUGGCAGAGGUACCUCGAGUCUCAAACCUUUCCAAGAAAGAGUUCAUUGCCAACUACGCUUACAAUGGUCACCCUGUGGUUAUCACGGACGCCGCGCAAAAUUGGUCUGCUGUGGGGAAAUUCAGUUUCAAUUUUUUCAAGCGUCUUUACGCCAACAACAUGGAAGCCGCUGAAAACUUUGAUUAUGAUCAGGGCUGCAUAUUUUUCGCUUACAAUUCGGGUUUUGAAAAUUUGGCUCAAGUACUUAGAAUGCCAAAGAAGAGGGCUGAAUGGAAGGGAAAGCCAUGGUACAUUGGCUGGUAAGUUUCUCUGUUUUUAUGUUCUACUGAGAUAACAGUAAAAACCCGCAAGUAAAGAACUUGUUUAGUUCAAGAACCAUUUAGGUUAAAAUUUGCCAUUGAGGCUCCCGCUCCCUCUAUACAAGAACCUGUUUAUCCUAAAUUCUUAUUUUCUAAAUUUACAAAAAAAUUCUGUAAACUCGCAAGAAGGACUUCAAAAUCCAUGUGGUCCGUACUUCAGUUCUUCUUGUCAGUAGUCAUUUUCACAUAGAUAUGAAUUUGGUACGGAUUUUAUAUAAGGAAUAAGCUGAAUACCACUAAACACUCUUCGCUACGAUGUAUUGCUUUCUUCAGAAAAUAGGAAUCUAUUAAAAGAACCUAAAUAGCCUAAGUUUGUGCUAAUUAUAAUUUACGUAAGAACUUUUUUAGGCUAACUUAGGAAAAUGCAGGCUCUUAUACUCAAGGGUUUUAUCCGGAAGUCAUAAUCAGGAGCGAGGUAGGCGUGAGGCCUAGGCUGAUAACACCAUACGAAGACCUCGAUUAUUCAGGAUAUCACAAAAAAAGAAUCUAAUAGUUGUCUUAUGUUAGACAUUUUGCUCAAGAAGAUAAUGAACAACACGUUUUUAUAUGCAUGUUGAUACUGAGUACAGCUUAAGUUUAGAAAAAAAGAAAGAAAAACAGAAAGAAAGAGAGAAAAUGCAGCUUGGAUCGAAAUAAAGCCGCACUGCACUCCUUUCAACCAUUUUAAAAUUUUCCUUUAUCAUGGCCAUAAGUUCAACGGAAAUUUCGCUCGCGGAGGCGAUAUCGUAAGACACGUUUAAGAAAGUUCAAGUUUUUGCCUAGUUGUCCUCGGGGGGUGACUAGGGUAUACAUUUUACUGAAUGCCAGAUACAACUCAGGAGUUUGAGUGAAAUGAAAUACAUUUCUUCUCUCUAAGAGGCUAUUUUGAUAUUUUACUAAUCCGAUUCGCAUGAACUUGAAAGAGAAUUCUUUAUCGGUAAGUAAAGUGAAGUGAAGUUAUGGUAAGUAAGGUGAAGCUGCAUAUCGGCGUUUGACAACGAAUGGUCUCUCACUCAACUGAUCACUCUGUAAGAAACGAGAGUGUCUAAUCGAUCCGCCACUUGUGUUGUGCAACGGAAAUAUUUCGUUAUUUUAAUUUAAUUCUUUGUAUGCACCUAACGUAAGUAACCAUGAUGAACGCAUCAACCCGCACUACAGAGUCCAUCAAAAGUUGUAAAAAUAAGUUGUGGACAUCAGUGACAUCAGUCAUAUAUUGAAUUUUCAAGUCAAUACAGAAACGUUUUCUGACGUUAAGAAAUAUUUCAUCUACCCACGUCGCAAAACGCAAAGAGUCAGAUCAUUAGGACUUGAUCAAUACUACCAGGCUUUCAACUAUAUAAAUAGACUGGAAAAACAAUAGACUCAACAUUCAACUCGCUCUUAAUGCAUGCAUGGUUUAAUUUGACCUGUUACCACCCCCCCGGGCAACCCCCGGGGCAAAUCCAGCCCUUUGAGCCCGGAGGUGGGGAAUUGCUUGAAGCGGCGCUGUUCCGGGGGAAGGGGGCAGGACACAUAAAAAUAUCUCGUUCUCUUUGAUUUUGCGAAGAACGUGUUAUUUCUCGUGUGGUUUGCACAAUGGCUGCGGACCUCAAGACUACGCAUUUUUAAGGAUAAACGCAGGAAUUUGUCGGAGAGUGGUUGAAGAGAAAAAAAACCUAUCAAUAUUUACGUCUGUAUUUUGAGGUAUGUUUUAAAAUUUCAAACCAAUGUGCGUAUGAUGCGUACUCGAAUGGAUUUUUUUUGCAAAAUAUGAAAGAAAUGUUUCUUCAGCCUGGCUUUAAUAAUAGAACAUCUUAAAUAGACUGUAAAUGAAAACGGAUACAAGGCUUUUGAGAGAGUGUUCUUAUAAAAGUGUUGUAUCUGAAGGUGAUGCAUCAGAGCUUCCUUUCCUUUUUUGGUUUUAAAUUUAUUGUUCACGUUUUAACUGCAUUAUGGAAUGUAUUAUCCCUGUCACAAUAACCUCUAGAAAACGUUUACAAAAGUUGCGAAAACAUCUCGUAUGCUAUUGUAUUGAUAUUGCUUUAAAAAAGAUGUACCUAAACAAACGUAUAUGAGGUCGAUCAGGAGCUCGGGGUGGGGAAUUGUCUUCUUCUGCAUGCCCGGGGGUGGGAAAUAGACCACCAAGAAAGAAAAAAUUGCAACUCCCCGGGGGGGCAUGGUUACAGGUCAAGACGAACACCCCGCUAAAACGGACAGCUAGAGUUGUUCCUUGCCUUUCUUUACCCUUUUUAGUUGACUCUCUAUAAGACGGACAUCUCUUUAAGAUAGACACAUAGUGCGGGUCCCAUGAAGAGGUGUCCCUCUUAGAGAUAGUUGACUGUAUUAUCUAUAUACAAGCAAGCUGUCAUGCUUCAUUGUUUGACCUGUUGGUGACAACCAAUCAUCGCCGAGCGUAGGCCAGGAAGAACUUCACCUAGAGAAAAUGCUUGCUAUAGAGAAGUCUAUCCAGGAAUGGAAAAGGAAGUUACUAGCUGAAAUUAUAUUUUAGAGAAAGCCAAGACUGUAGAAAUGCCACUAAUGUUAAAAACAGCAAUGCAAUAAGGUGACGCUAGGAACCGGAUGGCUAAUUCUCGAAUACGGAAGAAUUCGCUUAAUCAAAACAAAAUAUCCCUAAUAUUCAAAAGAAACAUGAAAAAUCACUAUGAAAAUGACUGUGAUUGCGAUUUAAGUAGUUAAGGGUGUCUUUUUAACCAUCCUGGAGAGACGUAACUAAGGGUCAUUCAUUUGACAUUUUGGGUAUAUGAUACUGAGAACGGACUCUUUAAUCAAAAGUGGUAUUUGGUCUGUAUUUGCGUACAGCUCCCACAGAUCCCACGGAUACGUAAAUUAUGUUAUGUUGCGAAGAGGAACAUGUACUUUUUCUUUCGUUAUGAUAGCAUAUCAGGCUGAUUUAGCAACAGAACGGGAACCUCAGUUGACGACGGUGCGCGCAAAUCAAACAGCUGGCUUGACCAAUGGCAAAGCGGCAAAGUGGGCACCGGAAGUCGAGUUUAGUACUUCCCGCGCGCUUUCCCGUCGUCAAACGACGUUUCCGUUCUGUUGCUAAAUCAGCCUAUUAACAAUACACUCGGAAUUCAGCAUACAAGGGUCUCGGUGACUAGGGUUUAUUGCUAAACCAACAGAACACAUUAUGGGUAAAAUGUUUGCACCAAAAGAGAAUGAUGAAGCAGAGAGGAAAUCUUAGAGCGUUGGCAGGGAUAUGUGAAUUUCACUCAAGUUAUUUUUAGAGGUUGUAGUUGAACGGAAGUCUAAUUCCUGGGGCGUCCGCAAAUUUCCAUAGAUUGUUUGAAACAUCAUCAAGACUGCGUUCCACUGCCACAAAGCAAAAAAUGCAGAAUAUUGUAAUGGCGACUGCUGAAUUCUCUCUUGACAACACUAACUAAAAGUUUGAGGGCUUCAAGCGUUUAAUUGGUCUAAAAAUAGCUUUGAUGAAAUUCGUAUAUCCCAAGGGCGUUAGGCUAGGGCGUUUCCCUCUCUGUCCAGGCAUUAUUCUCUUUUACCUGUACUUAUUCUCUUUAAAAGUAUAAAUCCCAUUGUCCUUCAGGAGACACGUGAUAUGGCGUGAUUCUGUGGGUGUUGGAGUUCUAGGUCAGGGCUUAGAUCAGAGUGUGCGGGUUAUUUCUCAGCAGAGCCUCUCUGUUUGUAACGCCAUACUGAUGAGCCACAAUAAUAGCGAAACUGACAGCUGUCUAUCGCUACAAUCCCGCUCUGUUUUAGGUUCUUUCGGUGUCGUGUUGAUGUCUGGCAAAGUUAAUUUCCACGUAGUACGAUCAGCAUUGUUAUAUCCUACUUGCAGAAUUUAAUACAUCUAUAUCGCGUUUGCUGUUUCUUUUAGGAGCAACUGUGAUCCCGUUAUCCGUGAAAAGCUGCGUAACUACUACAGCAAACCUGCGUUUAUCCCUGAUGACGCCGAAACAGGUGAUCAGGAUUGGAUUUUCAUGGGAGGUCCUGGACCUGGCGCACCUAUACACGUGAGUAACUAAGCUGAUCUUGUAUUUUUGACAACUCGAGCUGUCUUCUACUGAGCCGAACUGUAUAAGGAGAGAUGGUUUCAGACUGCCAGCCGUCAAAUGACCAAAAACUUCCGCCAGUAGGGGGUAAACAGUUAACCGUUCAAAAUUAUUAUCCGGCACAAUUUGUGACCCUGAAAAGUGUCGCGAGAAAGACAGUCCCAGUCCCGCUUUGACAGUUCUAGCUAGAGUUGUUUGUCCAGUUGUCCAAAGUUCAAAUCCUUCGGGCCAUGCUUGUAAAUAGCCAACUGAUUACCUUUACAGCCAUUUUGGCUUUUUUUUUUAUUGAAUUUGCACUGACAGCAGCACCUUUGGCUUCAUAAUUGCAGCUUGACAUGGUAAACCGUCCUUCGUGGCAGGCCCAGCUAUCAGGUCAAAAGAUAUGGACUCUUGUCCCACCCCCUGAGUGUGAACAUGUUUGUCGAGCAAUGAACGUCACCAUCAACAAAGGAGACAUAAGUAAGUUAGUGUUUUUUCUUGCGAGUAUUAUGGGAUAUCUUCAGAUAUCUUAUCAAAGGCAGGCUAAAAAGUAUGUGAGGAGGACUAGAAUUUGAUGGGUAAAAAUGUUCGUCUGAACGCAAGGGCGGGUUAAAAAACUGGUAUCAUCAUGUACUUGUGACAUUUGUCUUUGUCUUAAAGAGUUUUAAACCUUUCUCAUCGUGCAUGAUGGAAAUUAGAUACUGGUACCGGUACUGGGCGUACACCAAAAAUUGGGUGUCGACUGCCAUGCCUUAGCCUGUGCAAGUAAAAAAAAUCGAAAACAAAAAGGACAAAAAAAAAAGGCAGGGAAGUACGGCUAAUAUGAGAAGCUUGGGUUGGCCUUAUCUUGGACAAAAAUCCCUCCUUUCUUGUAAAAAUUGAGGCAAAAAAUUCCAGUUAGCGGUUGUGUCAAAACAAGGACAACUUACUUUAUCCAACAACUGUAACCUUACCUUGCUUAACCUCGCCUUUCACAUUCCGAUCGGCCAACUGACUGCGUCCUGCCAACCAUGUUUUUAACAAUGAUAGUUUCAUUUAGAUUAUCUGUUCAUAUGAUUCUUUGAGUGAAGUGCCUGUAGACUAGUUUGAGCCGCUUAGUGCACAGGUGUGUCUGGUUUCAGUGAUGAUAUUUUUUACGGAGAUGGGACAUUAACCAAUCGCCCGACCCCCAAACUGGAGAGCCAGGCGUUGCAAUAGGUCAUUUGCAUAAUGGCGUCAUUUUACUACUACGACCAGAAUCCUUUUCGUUUUUCCUUUCAUAUUGUAAUUUGGUAGUCCCAGUGAGGUUUCGAAAACAAAAGCCCUAAUUUGCACGAUAGAGCAAAAUCCUGAAGGAUUCUGGUCGUAGAUGUAAAAUCACGUCAUCGUGGAAAUGGCCUAUUCCUCUGGCCUUAAACCCAAAAUCUGGGCAAGGACGGUUGAACCGUCCUGGGACAAAGGUCCCAAAAGGUAUAGUUUCUAGUGUCAUCAAGGCAUCAAACCUCCCCUGCACCACGUUAAGACGAAACACUCUAAGCGGUCUUUUUAAAAAUUUUAGGCGUGUGUGGUACACUUUAUGUCCUCUCUCUUUCUUCACAUAUGCCAUUUCCCUUAUUUACAAGUCAUUUUCUUAGUGAAGCUGUUCUAUUUUUCAGUUGUUCUGGACACCAACCAGUGGUACCAUUCCACAAAGAUUGUUCCUACUGGAGAAUUAAGCAUCACGAUUGGAGCCGAAUACGACUGA